AUGGGUGGAGUCUGGAGAGCCUGACAAAACAAGACUGCAUGUUGUCUAAUCUGGAAUUCUGCAGGUCUCCUGGAUAGGGGCAACAAGCGCACAUCUAAGUGACAUUUUCUUAUGCUGACCUGUGACCAUGGAUUUUGGAGGACCUGGAUCAUUGAUACUUCUUCUUGUCGUCAUUUGUCUUAUUCUUCUCGCUCUAUGGUCGGAGAACAGUAAGCGGAAGGCUAUGCCUCCUGGACCAACUCCACUCCCUCUUCUAGGAAACAUUCUACAGCUGAACAUGAAUAAACUGCCUCAGUCAUUACUAAAACUUGCCAAACGUUACGGAGAUGUAUUCACUGUCUAUUUGGGCCCCAGAAGAGUGGUCAUCCUACAUGGAUGUGAUGCUGUUAAGGAGGCUUUAAUAGACAAUGCACAUGUCUUCAGCAAAAGAGGGAAAGUGCCUGCAGCUUCACUUAUCUUUAAAGAUUUUGGAGUUAUUUUAAGCAAUGGUGAACGCUGGAGGCAGCUCCGCCGCUUUUCCCUCACCACCCUGAGAAAUUUUGGAAUGGGGAAAAAAAGUCUUGAGGAACGGAUUCAAGAAGAAGCUCGAUACAUGAGAGAGGAGUUUAGUAAAAAGAAAGGUUUUCCUUGUGAUCCAACUUACUUUUUGUCCUUGGCGGUUUCCAACAUGAUCUGUUCCAUUGUUUUUGGUGAACGUUUUGACUAUGAAGACAAAAAAUUUCUUGGACUUCUUGCCUUGUUGAAGGAAACUUUUGGUAUAUUAAGCUCGGGGGCUGGUCAGCUACUUAACGCCUUCCCCAAUCUCCUCACUAAAAUCCCUGGACAACAUCAGAGGAUAUUCCAAAAUAUUUCAACUCUGAAAUCAUUUGUAUUGGACAAAGUGAAGGCACAUCAACGAACAUUUGACCAGAACUGUCCCAGAGAUUUUAUAGAUUGUUUUCUUAUAAAGAUGGAAGAGGAAAAGGGAAACCCUAACACCGAGUACCACUUUGAUAACAUGUUUGUCACUGUUAUGAACCUCUUCUUUGCUGGCACAGAAACAACAAGCACUACAUUGAGACACAGCUUCAGAAUCUUGACCAAGCAUCGGGACAUACAAGCUAAAGUUCAAAAAGAAAUUGAUGCAGUGGUUGGUCAGGAUCGGUGUCCUUCUUUAGAGGAUCGGAGCAAGAUGCCAUAUACAGAAGCUGUUAUUCAUGAGAUCCAGAGACAUUCAGACAUUGUUCCACUGGGUCUUCCCCAUGCAGCAGCCGAGACCACCACGUUCAGAGGAUACACUAUCCCAAAGGAUACCACAGUGUUUGUUUUCCUCUCCUCUGUACUUAAAGACCCCAAAUACUUCAGGAACCCAACAAAAUUUGACCCGGGACAUUUUCUGAAUGAAAAAGGGGAGUUUCAGAAGAAUGAAGCUUUCAUGCCAUUUUCAGCAGGGCGAAGGAUUUGCCUAGGAGAAGGAAUGGCACGAAUGGAGAUUUUCCUUUUUCUCAUCUCUAUCCUGCAGACAUUCAAUUUGGAAUCAGAUGAAGACCCUUCGGAUAUUGAGAUUACCCCUCAUCCAUAUGAGAUGCGUUUUGUCCCUCGCUAAUUGCUGUAGUAUAAAAGGGUGAAAUAAUAAAAAAAAACAUU